AGCCCAGCCCUUUUCUAGCCCGGUCCAGUCCCAGCAGCCACCUCCUGACCCCGCCGUCGACCCCAUCGUUACCAUGAAUCCUACCGUCUUCCUGUCUUUACCAGACCUCAGAUGCUCCUUGCUACUCCUGGUAACUUCGAUUUUUGCACCUAUAACAGCUGAAAUAGCAAGUCUUGAUUCAGAGAAUAUAGAUGAAAUUUUAAAUAAUGCUGAUGUUGCUUUAGUAAAUUUUUAUGCUGACUGGUGUCGUUUCAGCCAGAUGUUGCAUCCAAUUUUUGAGGAAGCAUCUGAUGUCAUUAAGGAAGAAUAUCCAGAUAAAAAUCAAGUAGUGUUUGCCAGAGUUGAUUGUGAUCAGCACUCUGAUAUAGCCCAGAGGUACAGGAUAAGCAAAUACCCAACCCUGAAAUUAUUUCGUAAUGGAAUGAUGAUGAAGAGAGAAUACAGGGGCCAGCGAUCAGUGAAAGCGCUUGCAGACUACAUCAGGCAACAGAAAAGUAACCCCGUCCACGAGAUUCAGAGUCUAGAUGAAGUCACCAAUCUUGAUCGCAGUAAGAGAAAUAUCAUUGGAUACUUUGAGCAGAAGGAUUCAGAUAAUUACAGAGUUUUUGAAAGAGUAGCAAGUAUUUUGCAUGAUGACUGUGCCUUCCUUUCUGCUUUUGGAGAUCUUUCAAAACCAGAAAGGUACAGUGGAGACAAUUUAAUCUACAAACCACCGGGGCGUUCUGUGCCAGACAUGGUGUACUUGGGAUCUAUGACAAAUUUUGAUGUAACUUUCAACUGGAUUCAAGAUAAAUGUGUCCCUCUUGUCCGAGAAAUAACAUUUGAAAAUGGAGAGGAAUUGACAGAAGAAGGACUGCCUUUUCUCAUUCUCUUCCACAUGAAGGAGGAUACAGAAAGUUUAGAAAUAUUCCAGAAUGAAGUAGCCCGGCAGUUGAUAAGUGAAAAAGGUACAAUAAAUUUCUUACAUGCAGAUUGUGACAAAUUUAGACAUCCUCUUCUCCAUAUCCAGAAGACUCCAGCAGAUUGCCCUGUCAUAGCCAUUGACAGCUUUAGGCAUAUGUAUGUCUUUGGAGACUUUAAGGAUGUAUUAAUUCCUGGAAAACUCAAGCAGUUUGUAUUUGACCUACAUUCUGGAAAACUACACAGAGAAUUCCAUCAUGGACCUGACCCAACUGAUACAGCCCCAGGAGAGCAAGACCAGGAUGUAGCGAGCAGUCCUCCUGAGAGCUCCUUCCAGAAGCUGGCGCCCAGCGAAUAUAGGUAUACUUUAUUGAGGGAUCGAGAUGAGCUGUAAAAACUCAAGAACACCACAGCCUUUCAACAGCAGCACAGGCUGACGUGGUGGAAAUAGUAAACCUAUAUUUUCAUAAUUCUAUGUGUAUUUUUAUUUUGAAUAAACUGAAAGAAGUUU